AUGGAGGGCUACGAUCAAUACGAUCAGUAUGAUGGGUUUAGGCCUGAUGAGGAGCUGUUCUCGGAUAUCGUGCUCUAUAUUAGAAGAUCGACGACAGCAGUCGCUCCAAAUCAAAUUUCGGCAUCCAUAGUACCAAGCACGAUAAAGCUAACGCAUUUAGCGCGUACUGGUCCAACCUUGUCCCCAUAUCUCUCGUCCAUCGAGCAUCUCUUCCAAAACAACCAACACUGGGCCCUUUUUAGUCUCACCAACAUGUUCGAUAUCUAUGUCCAACAAUGGGAAGAAAGCCCGCCCUUCGGAAAACUCACGGAAAUUUUGGCCAUACAUGCAAAGGUCCACAGAAUCGACAUAGCAAUCUGUUUUGGCCUUGGGAAUAUGUCAAGAGCAACGAUGGAAAAAAAGGAUGGCUCGUUAUGCUCAAAGUCCGGAGUACAGUUCUGCGGAUCGACAGAUGUUGGGGCAAAGGGCAUCGAGGUGGUUGAUGACCCGAAGGGCUGGCUUGCGGUUAACAAGCAGUCGAUUGUGCUCUCCGUGGGACCGGAUGUACCCGUUAGAGAGAUUAUUGCAGACAUGGCUGAGCCUCCAAUUAUUAUUUGGAAUCGUGUGGGAUCAGACAUCGAUCCCGAUUCUCCACGCGUCAAAAGACUGCUGAAUGGCUAUGCUAUGCAUGAGUUUGUCAACAAGCAGAACCAAACGCUGAUCAUGGAUCGUGCUUUACAUCCGAAAUGA